AUGUCGGCAAUAUUUGUGCAAAACUUAACCCAAAUCGAGGACGACAUGGACUUCCCGGUGGCCACACCUAACGACACCGACCACCACUACAACCAGACAAACGCCGAAUACAUGAAUGAAUUGCUGAAACUAUUGCGGGAAAGGCAUAAACAGCCGCUCAGUACGGAGGACCUCACGCGCAACAUAAUCAUCAUAGCGUGCUAUACCCUGAUCAUUGUGGUCAGUCUGUGCGGCAACCUAUUGGUGGUCAAAGUGAUUGCGUUUGGCAAACGAAAAAUGCUGACCACAACCAACAUACUGAUCGCAUCCCUGGCCUUUUCCGACAUUGUUAUGACCGCGUUCAACAUACCGUUCAACGUGGCCAGGCUACUUUUAGAGUCGUGGCCAUUCGGCUCGUUCCUGUGCGUGUCGGUGCCCUUCGUACAGGUGACCUGCGUGUACGUCAGCACCUUUACCAUGACGGUCAUCGCGUUUUACAGGUGGUGGACGCUCAGCCAUACGACUACCUCCAAGUCGUUAACCUACUUACAACUCACUAUCAUUAUCACCUGCGUAUGGCUAUUAGCCGGGCUAUUCUCGAUACCACACUCCGUGUUCAAUAAAACAAUAGUCAUACCGACCAUCAAAGGGCUGACCCGGUGUCACGUCGUGCACCCGACGGUGCCCUUUGAUUUGCCCCUAUGGCUGUCCAUCGAGGCGUUCGCCACCCAGUACUUCGUGCCGCUGUCCGUAACCCUCUGGCUGUACAUACAGAUCGGCAUAAUAGUGGCCAAACAGGGUAUGCUGGCCGGCCAGUUAAACGACGACAGGCGGCGCCACCAGUCGGACGCCCGUAAGCGGCGUAUAGUAAUGCUGGCGCUGGUGGUGACCGCCUUCGCUAUAUGUUGGCUGCCGUUGAAUAUGUAUCACCUGCUGUGCGACUUUGGACUGACCAGGCGCAAUUUUAAGGUGUUUAUACUGUGCCACUGGUUCGCCAUGUCCUCCGUGUGUUACAACCCAUUCAUAUACUGCUAUCUGAACCAGAAUUUCAAAAACGCUGCCAAAAAGUGCUACCAAUUCAUGUCGUGCCAACUGCCGGCGCCGGGAUAUACACUCAACAACAUGGGUGCGACAGUGGCCGAGGAGCCCACGAAUACCACUAAUGUGAACAACAUUGAGAUGAGAGAUAUGACCAAAGAGGACGUCGACUCCGAUGAUAACGACUCAGAUGGCGACCGGGAAUCCGAUUAA